AUGGUUGGCCUAGGACCCAGAAAGCCACCCUCCCGAAAGGGUUCCAUGGCCGACGUGCCAAAGGACCUCGUGGAGCAGAUCAAGCGGCUCGAGGAGCUCUUCACAGUGCCGACAGAGAAGCUCAAGGAGAUUACGACUCACUUCAUGGGUGAGCUCGAGAAGGGUCUUCAGAAAGAGGGCAGUACCGUCCCGAUGAACCCGACCUGGUGCAUGGGCUUCCCCACCGGUUACGAGACCGGCACCUACCUCGCGCUUGACAUGGGCGGCACCAACCUGCGUGUCUGCGAGAUCAAUCUCCCGGAAGAGAAGGGCGAGUUCGACAUUAUACAAUCGAAAUACCGCAUGCCAGAGGAGCUCAAGACGGCGACUGCUGAUGAGCUGUGGGGCUACAUUGCAGACUGUCUUCAGCAGUUCGUCGAGUACCACCAUGAGGGCGAGGAGCUGGAAGAGAUGCCUCUCGGCUUCACUUUUUCGUACCCGGCCACCCAGGACUACGUCGACCAUGGAGUACUGCAACGGUGGACAAAAGGCUUCGACAUUGACGGCGUCGAGGGCCACGACGUCGUUCCGCCAUUCAUGGCAGCACUGGAAGAACGGGGCGUCCCGAUCGUGCUGGCAGCUCUCGUCAACGACACAACCGGUACACUCAUUGCCUCCGCGUACACCGACACCAACGUCAAGAUCGGCUGCAUCUUCGGCACGGGCUGCAAUGCCGCCUACAUGGAGGAGUGCGGCAAGAUCCCGAAGCUGGCACACAUGAACCUGCCCCCCGACCUCCCGAUGGCCAUCAACUGCGAGUGGGGCGCCUUUGACAACGAGCACAAAGUCCUCCCACGCACGCCAUACGACGUGAUCAUCGACAAAGAGUCCCCGCGUCCCGGUCAGCAAGCCUUCGAGAAGAUGAUCGCAGGCCUUUACCUAGGCGAGAUCUUCCGCCUCGUCCUGCUCGACCUGCACGACACAGGCCACAUCUUCGAGGGUCAGGACAUGAGCAAGCUGAAGAAGCCGUACAGCCUCGACUCAUCCUUCCUCUCCGCCAUCGAAGAAGACCCCUUCGAGAACCUGCAAGAAACAGCCGACAUGUUCCAAAACAAGCUCUCCAUCGUCCCCACCCGCCCGGAAUGCGAGCUCACGCGCCGGCUCAGCGAGCUAAUCGGGACGCGCGCCGCCCGCCUCUCCUCCUGCGGCGUGGCCGCCAUCUGCAAGCAUAAGGGCUGGGACUCGUCCCACGUCGGCGCCGACGGCUCCGUCUUCAACAAGUACCCGCACUUCAAGGCCCGCGGCGCCCAGGCCCUGCGCGAGAUCCUCGACUGGCCCAAGCCCAAGCGCGGCCAGCCCGAUCCGAUUGAGAUCUUGCCGGCGGAGGAUGGGUCGGGGGUGGGGGCGGCGCUGAUUGCGGCGUUGACGCUUAAGAGGGUCGAGCAGGGGAAUCAUGCGGGGAUCAGACAUCCGGAAAACUUGAUGAAGUGUGUUCAUAAGGCUAAGGGGGCGGCGAAGCCGUCAGAGUGA